GCCAGAAGAAGAAGAAGAAAAUAGCCGAUUCUCAACGGAAAAGAGUUUCUUCCGCGCCUGAAGUCGCUUUAUUUGUCGCUAAGCGUUUCUUUUAGGAUUAAUAAUUUUUUUGUUAGGGGGUCGUAAAAGUUGCCAAAGGGGAAAGCCGCUAACUUGGCAUCGCUGCCACUGCGGUCAAUCCUACAGCCUGACUGACUGAGAGAGAAGAUGCCAGCAGCAGAGGAAUCACAAGGUGUCAGCAAAGUUGUGGACAACAUCUGUAAACUUCCUCCAGAUCUGUUGGCUGAAGCAUGUCAGAACAUUCUGACUUAUCUUCAAGGGCAAGCCAGAGGAGUAGAUUCAACUGAAAUUUCUGAUAUACUUCAGAAAGCUGGAGUCAGAAUUGAUCAUGAAGCUCUGCAGAACAUGAUCAGAUUUCUGCUCUUAACAUUCAGGUCAGCUGGGAAGAGCAGCCUCUCUGGGGAUGACCUCGUGUCAAAGCUGGAAGGCAGUCACAAGUGGCCCAAAGCUUCCCUGCAGGUGUUGCACAGGUUGUGGAGUGAACACGGUGCACUAGUCCAUGCUCAGCAGGAGGUUCAGGCCAUGCUCAGCAUUGGCCAGUUAGUGGACUUGCAGUGGAAGCUUGGCAUGGCAGUGAGCUCCGACACCUGCCGAUCUCUAAACUCCCCAUAUGUGUCUCUACUGCUGAAGAUCAUUGAGCCCUCUGGACAGAUUUGUCACAGGUCUUUUGAGAUGACCAUUCCACAGUUUCAGAACUUUCAUAAGCAGUUCAAGGAGAUGGCUGCCGUUAUGGAGACUUUAUGAUGGCUGCAAGCACACCUAAGUGUUUUUUUGUCUAAAUUGCACCCCAGUUUACAAUUAACCAAUGGAGGAAAAGCUUGACACAGGUGUUUUUUCUGAUGGCUGUCUCAAAAUGUGUAUAUGAAUUACUGGAAAUGUCAGUCGUCUACUUUGCACUUCCAUUUUUCUGCAAAUUGCAUAAGCUCCUAAAUUGUUUGCUUUUGGACCUUCAGCUGUUACAGUGGUUGAAAAUGCCCGUCUUCACUUUAAAAGCCAAGACUUAAGUACACUUCCUCACGUUAACUUAUCCAGGUAUGAAAACUAAUGCAAUCCAAUGUGCAAUAAAUCCUACAAAAGGUAAUAUUCUGUUUUUUAACUGAUUCACAGAGGCGCACUUGGGCUGUAUUGUUUCAUACAGAGAGGUGUUUUUAUUAUUUUGUCUACCCUCUACCCCAACACACCACCCCAAACUAUAUCUGCCAAAAUGUCUUUUAAACAGUUUAAAUAAAAAACCUGAACAUUAUCACCAUCAUAAAGGUAGAUUUAUUGCAGGACUUUAAAUUAGAUUGCAUUAGUUUUAACUAAGAGUAUCAAACUGGCAAUUGAGUGUAUUUUUACACUGCCAAUACAACCCUGACUACAAAAAAGUUUGGAUGCUGGGUAAAAUGUAAAUAUAACAGAAUGCAUCAAAACAAAGAUUAUCAAUUUGAACAUAAAUACAUUUUGUUUAUUAUAUUUUUACAUUGUUCAAUUAAAUAUAUGUAAACAGAUGAUCACAUUCGGUUUUAUUUGGGUUUUAGACAACCUCCCAACCUUUUUUGCAUUUACUUUACAUUCCUGUCUAAUAUUCAUAUUGUGCCUCAUUUGUUGCAAAAUGAUAAAAAUAUGUAGUUUAAAUGAAUUCUCUUUGCACUAAAUUUCAGUUUCCCUCUGUUGUACUUUAAAACUGUACAGAAUGAAAACUCAUUGCCACAGUGAACACUUCCGCUGCUUAUAUUGCUUAUAUUUUUAUCUCAGAUUGUGAUUAGCCCACUAUACAACAUCCUGUAUACUAUGUAGCCUCAUUUAGUGGCUACAUUUUCAAAUAAACCUUGCAGUGCAGUUGUUAGUCUGAAGGGCUUUUGAAGUGAAAUGGUCCACAUGAAUGUUUUACAGUUCUCAUCUUAUUUGUGAAUAACUAACUUAUGAAACAUACUUUUGCUUUUUGUGUUUUUCAUGUUAAUGCUGAAAUGGAAACUUUGUGGCUCUGAUGAGGCAUUUGCCUUUUUUUCUACUUUGGUACACGCUCAUUUUUGAUGCCAUGCAAUAUUGGUGUAAUAAAUAAUGAUUAAAUGUAAA